UCUUCCCAAGGUUGUUCGUGGUUGUUUAGGGAAGCUCUUUGACAGUGACUGCCGUGGUUAUAGCGGGUAAGUAGAGACGAGAGAGCAGGAGAUGGUACCAGCGAAGAUACGGAGAUAUGUUGCAGUUUGCUAUUAGGACAAUCAUGUUCAAGAACAGACAGAAAUCAACCGACCACCGAUCACAGUUCCAUUAGACAUUCUUAUCAAUUAUCUGAGGAGAUCGGGGAAAAAUAUAACAAGCAAUGGACUCGAUCUCCAUUGUGAGAAAUAGCAAAGAAGCCAGUGAGACCCUCUUGCCAAAUGGCACAAACAGCUUUAAGGAAUCAUCCAAGUCUACCAUAGGGAUUUUGGGAAGUGGAGAUUUUGCCAAGUCAUUGGCAAUCAGAUGUAUACGGUCUGGAUACUCGGUAAUCAUAGGAAGCCGAAAUCCCAAACGUGCUGUCGGGUACUUCCCUCCUCUUGCUGAAAUCAUGCACCAGGAGGAUGCUGUUAUAAGAACAAAUCUCAUAUUUGUUGCCAUACAUCGUGAGCAUUAUGCUUCCUUGUGGGACCUCAAGCACUUGCUAAUAGGCAAAAUCCUUGUGGAUGUGAGUAACAAUGUGCGAAUAAACCAGUACUCAGAAGCCAAUGCAGAAUAUCUUGCUUCGCUGUUCCCAGAUUCCACAGUGGUAAAAGGCUUUAAUGUAAUAUCUGCCUGGGCACUCCAAUUUGGUCCACAAAAUGCUAAUCGGCAGAUAUACAUUUGCAGCAACGUGGUGGAAGCCCGACAACUGAUAAUAGAACUCACUCGGCAGCUGGGUUUUAUUCCUGUUGACAUGGGAACAUUGUCUUCAGCUAAGGAAAUAGAAAAUAUGCCCCUACAUCUCUUCACCCACUGGAGAGGCCCUGUGCUUGUGGCUAUUGGCCUAGCCAUAUUCUUCUACAUAUACUCAUUCAUCCGUGACAUCGUACACCCCUAUGUGAAGAACAAACAAAGCAACUUCUAUAAAAUUCCAAUCGAAAUAGUGAACAAGACUUUGCCUGUUGUUGCUAUUACUCUCCUGUCACUUGUGUACCUGGCUGGAUUGCUAGCAGCUGUUUUUCAGUUGAAUUCUGGAACUAAAUAUCGUCGGUUUCCUGUCUGGCUGGAACAUUGGCUGCAAUGUCGGAAGCAGCUUGGGCUCUUGAGUUUCUUUUUUGCCUCUGUUCAUGCAGUAUACAGCCUUUGCCUUCCAAUGCGACGUUCAGAACGGUAUUUCUACCUCAACAUGGCCUACCAGCAGGUACAUCUCAAUAAUGAAAAUUCCUGGAACGAGGAAGAGGUGUGGAGAAUGGAAAUGUAUAUAUCCUUUGGGAUAAUGAGCCUGGGCUUACUGUCACUCCUAGCAGUGACUUCAAUACCAUCAGUCAGUAAUUCAAUGAACUGGAGGGAAUUCAGCUUUAUUCAUUCUACACUUGGUUUUGUGGCUCUGUUGAUCAGUACUUUUCAUGUCCUGAUUUAUGGAUGGAAACGAGCUUUUGAGGAGCAGUACUACAGGUUUUACACACCACCAACCUUUAUCCUUGCACUAAUUCUACCUUUCAUUGUUAUCCUUGGGAAAAUUACUUUGCUGCUUCCAUGCAUUAAGAGGAGAUUGAGAAAAAUACGCAAGGGCUGGGAAAAAAGUCAAUUCGCAGAUGACUUUUCAACAGCUCUUCAAGCAUCUCCAGAAAGUGUUUCUGUUAUGUGAGAUUUUGUCAAAAAUUGACUUCCACUUAAAGAAUUCAGCAUUAUGAGCGGACAGUUGAGUUAAUUUGAUGUAACUAGGUUAAGCAUUUUAGAAGAUUCAAUUCCUUGUAUUCUUCAUGUUUAAUGAUAAGAAUAUAUAUUGUACAUUCUAGUAAACAAUGUAUGACCGUUUUGUUUCACGUGAAUAUGCCUCAUAAAUUACAAAUUCUACUGCUUCUGUGUUAUUUUAAAGUUAUUUUGAACUAUAUGGUUAAAGUUAUUUUACCAAUUUAAUGUUGAGAUUCUUUAAGAAGAAUCUUUUAAGUGUUCGUGUCUAUAGUAAUGCAAAGAAUGAUGAACUUGUUCUUUAUCUAAUGUUGCCAAGAAUAUUGCUUUACAAUCUAGACUACAGAUACCAAAAUACCCCGACAUAUACAAUAUGUAGAGUAACACACUUAAAGCUUUUAGCAAUAACUUUUAAAAAGGUUGAAGAAAAUAGAUCCUUCUCUUUUAAGAUUCACUAUUGUACUGUGCUGUAUAUAUUUGGAAGUCCUGGCUUUGAGUCCUGAUCUGUACUAACCUUUUUUUAAUUUGGUAAAUUAGGGUGAUAACUUCUCUAAAUAUCAACAUGCUUAAAUUUGAAAUUACUCUGAAAUCUGUGGUAUCAGUCACAUGGGUGAUACACUGAAUAAAUUUUAACAAAAUAUUUGUGCAACCAGCAUUAUAAUUAAGUACCUAGUUUAUUUUUUUCCUUUAAUUAGAUUUUUUUGUUGUUUUCCAAGGAAUAAGAGUGUAUGUCACUGAAAGUAAAGCCUGUGGAAAUAAUUUUACAGUUCAUAUCAAAAACUUAAGCUUAAAUUUUCUAAGGAGUUGUUGUUUACCAUGAAAUAUCACUACACUGUUAAAACUAGCUUAUCCCUAUCUUUUUUAUGGUUAAAUUUUGCAUGUUGUUAACUUGUAUGGUUGUUUCUGUUCAAGUGUAACAAGUUGCAGGCUGUUUUUUUUGAUCGUCUAUCAGUGUUAUAAUUUUACAUUCGUCCUUGACUAACUCGAUGGUCCAAUAGACUAACUACUUAGUUACU